AGAAGCGUCAUCUUUUCUUCUGCCCUGAAUCUGACGCGACCCAGAGCAGUGGCGUUGAAGCGUUGCCAGUGGUGGAAACACACUGUAAACAGCGCUGUGAGAUCCAGUGUGAAGCGCGAAUAGAGCGAUCAACACAAAUGACUCGGCCAUUUAAACUAGUUUACAGCCAAACAGGAGAAACACUGUGUGUGCAACGAGACAGUCAGAAGGCUUUUCAAUCUACACACCAAUCAUCAUUUACCAUGGAUUUACUGUAGUAAUACUCACUGCACCAUGGUAUUGUGGCAGAAAAUGUGGGAUUAUUCACGUUGAAUUAUAGUAAGAUCUGCUCCUCCCUCAGUGAAGCUCCUCCCACAACCGUCACACCUUCAGUGAAGCUCCUCCCACUAUAGUUCAUCAAUAAAUGCUGGAAUAUUCCAAUCAGUCUACAAAUGGAGACGAGCAUCAAAGCAUCAGGAAGAAGUGAAAUCUGCAGAGACAGAGUUUAUUGAAGAACAGAGAGAACAUGAGAGAUCUAGAACCCUGCAGAAUGAACCACACUGAAGAACAAACAGCCCUGCUAGAGGAGAGUGAAGAGAAGAAAUAUUAUGAUGUCAAAAGUAGAGAAAAAACUUGCUUACAGAUUGAAACAGUUUCUUUACUGAAAAGUACAGACAAGAAAAGUUUCAUCUGCACUCAGUGUGGAAAGAGUUUGAUAAGCAAACAGAGUCUCAUGUUUCACACGAGGAUCCACACCGGAGAGAAACCAUACACAUGUGAUCAGUGCGGGAAGAGUUUCACCCAACCAUCAACCCUUAAGGAUCACAUGAACAUCCAUACUGGAGAGAAACCGUUCACAUGUGAUCAAUGUGGAAAGAGUUUCAAAAAACAAGGACAUCUUAAGAGACACUUGGACAUCCACACUGGAGAGAAACUGCACCCAUGUGAUCAAUGUGGCAAGACAUUUUUGAGGACUUCAGACCUGAAGUGUCACCUGAAAGUUCAUACAAAGGAGAAACCACAUUCAUGUUCUUUAUGUGGAAAGAGAUUUUCACAACUGUAUAAUUUAAAAGUUCACCAGAAAAUACAUACUGGUGUGAAAGAUCAUAAGUGCUUUGUGUGUAAGAAGACUUUUAUUACAACUGCAGAAUUGAAGCAGCACCAGAGGAUCCACACCGGAGAGAAACCUUACAAGUGUUCACAAUGUGACAAGAGAUUCAGUCAGACAGCACAUCUGAAAUCACAUGAGAGGAUUCACACCGGAGAGAAACCUUACAAGUGUUCACACUGUGACAAGAGAUUCAGUCAGACAGCACAUCUGAAAUCACAUGAGAGGAUCCACACUGGAGAGAAACCGUAUCACUGCACUGUAUGUGGGAAGAGUUUCAGUGAUUUAUCUUCUCUACGCAGUCAUAAAAUAAACUAUCACAUUAAGUAAUUUAUCUCCAGGUCCAGUGUUUUUAAGUGCAAAAUUGCAUCUCUUCCAUAUUAAUCUGUCAUGAGAAACAUAAUUAAAAUUUGUCACAGUACGUCAAGUUCAUCUUCAAGACAUGGAGAUUUAAGAUUUAGAUCCACUCAGAGAUGAUGCAUUUUACCCAAAGAACAAUAUGUAAAAGUUUUAUUCUUGUACAGGUGCUGGUCAUAUAUUUAGAAUAUCAUAAAAAAGUUUAUUUCACUAAAAACUUGUAUAUUAUAUUCAUUAUUUACACACAGACUGAUAUAUUUCAAAUGCUUAUUUCUUUUAAUUUUGAUGAUUAUGACUGACAACUAAGGAAAAUCUCAAAUUCAGUAUCUCAGAAAAUUAGAACAUUGUGAAAAGAUGCAAUAUUGAAGACGCCUGGUACCACACUCUAGCCCGCUUAUUACCCUCAAAACUACUGCAAAGGCCUUUAAAUGGUCUCUCAGUCUAGUUCUGUAGGCUACACAAUCAUGGGGAAGACUGCUGACUUGACAUUUGUCCAAAAGACGACCAUUGACACCUUGCACAAGGAGGGCAAGACACAAAAGGUAAUUGCAAAUGAGACUGGCUGUUCACAGAGCUCUGUGUCCAAGCCAUAGCUGUCAACCCUCCCGUCUUUUCCGGGUUUGUCCCGCAUUUUAGCUCUUUUCCCGCUGUCUUCCCGUUUUAGUAUUUUCCCGUAAAAUAUCCCUUAUUUUUACACUCUGUGUUAACUCAGAACACGCAACUAUCUGUGUGAAGUGGCUUGCACUUGGGUUACUAGACCUCCAUUAAAGCAGGUGGCAGUAUACAGUAGCUUAGGUUACCAUCGAAGAAGAAGACAGUUGCAGCGGCGCCAGCAGGCGGGAGGAAGAGGGAAAAAGUAGUGGGAAGUGAACUUCGAGAGUACAGUAGAUGAGUGGAUGUGCGAUCAGGACGCCGAAUGCCAAAAUCACGGAAUUAAUGACCAACCAAAACCGAGGACAUUAUGCCAAUAUUUGAGUAAAUGGGAGUCCACCUUCCACUACCUACCAAGCAGCCAUGUAGGUCCAAAUUAUGCCUUCUGCAAAAUGUGUCUUUGUCAGGAAAAACUACGUUUCGCAGCACAAAAUUAUUAUUAAUAUUAAAUUAUUAGUAAUAUUACCUUGUUCAUAAAUAAAUCACUUUUAACAAA